CCGCAAUCGCGACAAUUUUACUUAGGACUACAAGGUAGUUGCAAGUAACCAAAGCAGACCAUUGAUUCUCCAUUUAUAAUUUUCAUCAUACAAAGCGACGUGAAGCACAAUGAAGACUCUGACACGAUUGCGCUCGUACCAGAGUGCGCGAACUUGCGGUACCACGCAAGUUGUGAAGAUGCAGCCGCGGCCUGGUUGAGAAGUCAGACGAAGUGUGAUAGCUGUAUCUUCAACUACGUCCUCUGGGUGGCUUCCGAAUCGCGGCUACAAGAAAUUCACGGGUCGCCGUCUUUGCGUUUUUGUUUUAUUAGCGGCGUGGCGACCGCGACAGCUUGCCCCCAGGAAGAUCGGCACGGAACAGUUUGCGGAUUUUUUUUCCGGCUUGCUAAUUUGCGCUUCUUGCAGCAUUAGCAUCGACACACAGGAGGAGCGACAGGAGGCCAGCACGUUCGGGAGGCUGAAGGUGAAGACAAGCGUCUCGCUUAAGCACGUCCGGCGAAAUCGUACGGUGUCGCUCUUGAUUUUUCGUUCCAGCUUACCGUAGAAAGGCAAGAUUUUCUCCGCGGAAAGCCGAGCAGUAGCGCAGCCUCCUACCCGGUCUCUUCACCUGCUACAGUUUCACAAAGAGUUCAUUCUUUCUUGCACGACCAUCGACCAAAGAGUGAUCACGGCGAAAACGCUGUAGGUUUCAGACAAAGAAUUUUUUCAGUCGAGACGACGUGCAACCAACGCCUCAAGAAUAGCUGAAUCGGCGGGAAGAAGCCACGGAGGUCCGUCCUACUCAGAUCGUAUCGCAAGUUCGCUGUUACCACGAACAAGGCAGAGGACCGGUUUGCUCGACGUGCUGCCGGUAUUUUGAUUUGAAGAAGAGCGGCAACCUCUUUCACGGAGUACGAUUGAAACAAGCGACAACCGUCACCAGAAGCACGGAUUACCAUUAGCAACAGCAAAGAAAUGGCGAGUAACGGCAAGCCGCCGACGCCAGCGGAAGGGGCGGCAGCUCCAGCGGAGGGCGAUCCGGAGGGCACGCCAGAAGAUGGCCAGCCGAAGAAAAAGCCCGGCGACGAAGACGAGGUCUUGGAGACCUUGAGGCAGAUCCGAGAAGAAGAACAAGAAAAUAACGAAGACGAGUCAAUUGACUCGCAGCCAUGGGUAAUUUUUUGAUGUUGUGUGUGACGUCGAGUCAAUGAUUGUUUCGCCGCGCUCGUUCAUCUCGAUUACACACUUGACAUUUGAAAGAUUUCAUUCCCGUUGUAGUGCUGAUGCGAACAUGUUCAUGUAGCAAUUGCAAUUUUUAUGAUUUUGUUGAAAAAUUUAAAUUUUAGGUCGAGAGACAGAACUUUUCGCUCUUCAUUGGUGCGUGCAUCGUCGCGAACAGCAUUACAAUCGGGAUAGAAGCCGACGACCAGAAGCAAAAUACGCUGGAAGGGAAGACCCAGAUCAGCGACCGCCUGGAGUGGUACGUGGUGGAGAACCUGUUUCUGGUGAUUUUCCUCUUUGAGUUGUUGGCGCGGCUCACCUACAAGAAACUCAUGUUUUUCACGUCGUUCCAGAAUUGGAUCGAUUUCGUUUUAGUGGUACUCAACGUGGUAGACACCUGGGUCAUGCAGCCAGCAUCCGGCGGCGGCAGUUUCCGAGCCUUGACAGUUUUCCGUGUGAUCAGGAUAUUGAGGUACUGCGACGUUCAUUUUUUCGAAGGUCGAAACUACAAACUCGAUUAAUUAUAGAAUGAGAAUGUGAAAAAUGUAGUUGGUUGAAUGAACAACGAGUUGCUACCUCCGGCCGUGGGAGCGGUAGCGAGAUUGAUACAAGGGCCCGGAGCAGGUGAGCGCGUCUUUAGAAGCAAAAUAUUAGGGGACGGGUCGUCUUGGUCUUUAGAAGCAAAAUAGGAAUCAUGCGAACAAUUUCACGAAAAAUCAACGCAAAUAACAGGUUAGUACGAAUCAUCAAGAUCCUGAAAGUCUUCCACCAGCUUUUCCUGUUAGUAUCGGGUCUGUCAAACGCGAUGCGAACGCUCUUCUGGGUCGCCGUGAUGCUCUUCAUCAUGCUCUACGUAUUUGCUUUUGGUUUUUCUGGAUGAAUGUGAAUGAUCAUGUGGAUGUUGUGCUUUUUUCCGCCUCCGUUAAUGACUAACGCUAACCUGCAACACAGAAAAUCAUAUUUGUUUUAUGUUCAAAUAAGAUCGAUGCAAAAAAACACAAAACAGACCUGCGCCAUCUACAUGACGUUGAUAAUAGGGCACGACGACAUCAAUUUCAACCCCUAUUUCAUGAAAAAGGGAUGGGACCACGAAGAAUAUUUCGGAAACAUAUUCAAGUCCAUGUUUACGCUCUUUCAGGUAUAGACAGGCUUCAAAAAUACAACCCAAGUUUGUAUCUGCGCAAUGCUUACAUGUUCAUGCUGAUGGCUUGCACAACUCACUUUUUUCUAGAUGUAAGUACUUUUUGAAAGGAUGAAUGAAAAAUCAGGUGUGCACCCUUGACGGGUGGUCAGAAAACGUCGCAAGACAUAUCCUUCAAGUACAGCCAAGCAUGGUCUGGUUCUUUCUGGCGUUCGUUCUGUAUAAUUUGAUUUUGCACUUCUUGCUUUUUGAUUUAUCAAUUUCGAUUUCCGAAUCAGUGUGGCAGAAGUGCUCCAAAUUUUAUACGCAAUGUUUUGUCGAAUUCUGCAUCGUGGAUACGUCGGAAAUAAAGACAAAAAAUCUGAGUCUGACACAGCCAAGUACUGUUACUGUAAAACAGGUUCGCGAGCUAUGGGCUUCUCAACCUAGUCGUUGGAGUGAUCGUGGAGUCAACGCUAGCCGUGGCGAAGUUCAACAACGUCGUCAUUUUGAAGAAAAAGCAGGAAGACAGAAAACGUGCGCUGCAGCACAUAAGAGCAGCCUUCGAGCAAAUCGACGAAGACGGAUCCGGAUCGCUGUCAAUAGAAGAACUGAAGCGCGCCAUGGAAAACUAUCAAAUGUAAAAAUGUCUGGGUCUGGAAGAUUGCCAGGUUUGUCAUGCACGUUUUGCAUGACUCCUGAUGUCUGUAAUGGAUGCCUUAGCAUCACAGAUUUUUUGAGGGCCUCGCGAUGCCUAUUCCGCAUGACAAAUGCCCUCUCCGCGUAGCAACAAUUACACUCCCGUUGCCGCUCAUGCAAUACAGGUUUUUUUGGAAUCCAAAUUCAGCAUCACAAGUUGCAUUCUUCCAGACCCAGACACUUUUACAUUUGAUAAAAACCCAGAAGUCGCAACACGAUUGAAAAUGAUCGACUUCCCACUAGACGAUCCGGAGAGGGUACUAUUGCAUCGAAUGUUUUUUUUCUUCUAUCUUCCAAUAUGAUUGUUCUACUUCCGAGUUGCGAUGCGUUGGCUGUUCUCCUCGUCGUUGAUCGAUGGUCAAAAAUACGAAGACCGCAUCGUGUGAAGAUCUACUACUUCCCACCUUGACCUUGUGUCGUCUCAGGUCUUCAAUCUGAUCGAUGUGGACGGGGAGGGCGAGCUUCUGAUUGACGCCUUCAUCAAGGGUUGCAUGCGACUCUCCGGGCAAGCGCAGUCAAAGGACAUCCUGGAAGUGCUGAUUGCAGCCUCCUCCCUCGGCCGCGACUUGAUGGGGCUGGAGGACCGAAUUCUGCAAAUCCAGCAGCGCACCCAACAGCUGGACCUGAAGACCGAGACCAUGGUGCGACAGGCCGACGACAUGUUCGCGGACCCCAAGGUUUUCAACCGCAUGAUGCGUAUGAAGAUCGACAUCGACUAG